CAUUUUCUUUUCUCAAUUGUCUUUGUCUCUCCUAAUUAGAUUAUCUUUUGAUUGUGAUUUAAUUUUUAUCCUUUAAUUGUAAUUAAUGUCUCUGUGGUUUAUUGGUUAGAUCAUCAAUUUGAAACUGAUCAUUUGAUGAUCUCUAGUGAUCAUCAACACCUACGCUUCACUUGUUACCAAUGAGUUUAGUUGUCUAUGUACAUGGAAAAUAACUUGUCAAUUUUGAUGGAAAAGUCAAUAGAUUAUCACAAAGGUUGAAACAAUAACAACAACAACUAAACCAAAAGCAAUAUAACAUAACAAGUGCGAAAAUAUUUUCAUUUGAUUGAUAACAUUUUGUUUACUAUUAUCAAAUUAAAUCCAGUUGGUUGUUUUUAAUUUUAUCUAUUGUGUUUAAUGUGUGUAUGUGUAUGUGUCAACUGAGAUCGUCAUGAAUAAAUCGUCAACAAUUUAUCAGCAACUUUGUGGAGACCAACAGUUGAAUAUAUUCAAUCCUGAUGGAUCUUCACUUUCUUAUUGUUUCCUUCAAAUGUUCAUUGAGAUUCCGAUUCAUUUUAUCGUUGCUCUCAUCUCAACUUUAUUAUUAUCAGUUCACCGGGUUCCUGAUAGUAUUCAUGUUACACAAAACUGGAUCAAAUGGAUGACCCAUGUUUUCAGAUGGACUUUAGCUUUAACUGUGAUAUGUUUUACUUUCCUUGAAUAUUGGUCACUACCCGAUGGUAAACAUCCCCCUGACAUUGUCUAUAUUACCAUGGGAAUUAAAGUAAUAUCCUGGCUUAUGGUCUCAAUUGUUACUUACAAAAUAAUCAAAUAUUCACCUUUAACCAGAUUCAACAAUCUUUCAUCUCUCAUGUUACUCAUGCUUUCAGCUUUCAUCUCAAAUGGACUUCACCUUGAAUGGGUUAUUCGAGGAUCUUCAUCUCUUUUCUCAUCUUCACCUUCCCCUUACCUUUUGUUUAUCGUCUCAUAUAAUGUAAUCGCCAAUCUAUUAUUCACCUUAACUUUAUUACCUCGAUUCAAUCGAUGGUCAAUAUUUAAAGGUCAACUAUUCGAUACUGAUUUACAAAAUCUUCUCUCUCAAUCCCAACCGAUGUCAACAUCAUUCUCAGCCCAUUGUAACCUUGAUAAUCACGAAACAACCAACAUCUUAAGUCACUCCUUCUUCUCAUGGGUUAAUCCACUAUUAACCAAAGGAUUUAAUCAAAAAAUUAAGACUUCCAAUGAUCUAUUUCCCUUACCAAACAGUUUAACUGCUAAUAUAUCAUACGAGAAAUUGUUCAAUUCAGCUGUAACCAUUUCUCCGGAUACUUAUUCCAAUAAUGAAUUUAACUUGGUCCUUUGGAGAUCUUUGUUCAAAGCUUUCGGACGAUCUGCCCUGAUCACUGCAAUUUACAAGAUAAUUGCCGAUAUAUUUUAUUUUGGUGGACCUUUGGUAUUGGAAAAAUUGAUUAUCUAUAUUGAAGAUGAAAAUUCAACCCGAAGCAAUGAAGGUUUCUAUUAUUGUGCCUUCCUCUUGGGUUCAACUUUAAUCUCUUCAAUAAGUAAUAGUCUUUACAAUUUUCAAUCGGCUAACAUUUCACUUAAAAUUACCAGUGGAAUUACCAAUUUAAUUUAUCGAAAAUUGUUAAACGUUCGUAGUGAUUCAAUGGCAUCAACUUUCAGCUCUGGAGAGAUAAUUAAUUUCAUCAGUACCGAUGCUGGUAGAGUGACAAACUUUUACCCAUCAAUUGUUGCCUUUUUAACUUUACCCUUGCAACUUACAGUUACACUUUAUUUACUUUACCGUCAACUUGGUCUUGCUUUUCUGGCCGGACUUUUACUGACCCUCAUCAUUAUCCCGAUAAACAAAGUGAUCUGUGAUAAGAUUGGUUCCCUUAACAGUUCCCUACUUCAUUGGAAGGAUAAUAGGAUCAAACUUAUGUCGGAAAUGUUAUCAGCAAUUCGAUUGGUGAAAAUGCAAGCCUGGGAGAGAGUAUUUGAAAUACGCAUUGGAAUAAUUAGAGAAAUGGAAAUGAAAUAUAUGAAAAAGAUCAAAUAUUUCGACGCUCUUUGUGUCUAUUUCUGGGCAACAACUCCCGUUCUCAUUUCGAUAUCUACAUUUACCACUUAUGUCCUUCUUGGAAAUGAAUUGACCGCUGCCAAAGUGUUCACCAGUUUAGCUUUAUUCAAUAUGCUGAUUAAUCCUCUGAACGCAUUUCCCUGGGUUCUCAGUGGUAUAAUUGAAGCUCGAAUCUCCGAGAGAAGGAUUCAAAAAUUUCUCAACCUAAAAGAAAUGUAUCCACGUUCACAUUACACUGGCUGCCUUAAGGGGGAAAUUAAACUUAACAGUGUUGGAAGUUUCUUCAAAAGAGAUGCAUUAGUUGACCAUCGAUUUACUCUUGGACCUAUUGAUUUGAUGGUUAAAUCGGGUGACUAUGUUGGUAUUGUGGGUUCUGUUGGUUCGGGGAAAAGUUCACUUUUCAGUGCGAUUAUUGGUGAAAUGAGUCGAACCUCUGGAACUUUUCAAAUAAACGAUCAUGACCUAAUCAAAGGAAUUGGUUAUGUACCUCAAGAUCCAUGGAUACAAAAUACAACAGUAAAAGAUAAUAUUCUUUUCGGUCAAAUCUUUGACCCAUCUAAAUACAAUUCUGUGAUUGAUGCUUGUGCUCUUAACGAAGAUCUCAAGAUGCUUCCAAAUGGCGAUGCUACGAUGGUUGGUGAUCGAGGAUUCACUUUAAGCGGCGGUCAAAAGGCUCGAAUCGCUUUGGCUCGAGCUGUUUAUCAAGAUUUUGAUAUUUAUCUUCUAGAUGAUCCAUAUUCAAGUGUUGAUGCUCAUGUUGCUGAACACAUCAGAAUCCAUUGUAUCAAUGGUUUAUUAUCUUCCAAGACUAAAUUGGUGUCAACUCAUCAUACAGAAUAUUUAACCAAUGCCCAGUUAGUUAUCGUUAUGGACAAUGGAUUGAUGAUUGAAAAAGGCAACACUGAUAUACUUUCAUAUGUUAAACCCAAAGAAACAACUAAUUUAGUUACUGAAGAUAAAGAAAUCGUUGAAUCGACUCAUGAAACAGAAAAAUCGUUGGAAGAAGCUGUUGAAAAGGGUCAAGUUAAACUUGACAUUUACCUUAAUUAUUGGAAAUCAAUUGGUCAUUGGCUUGCAUCGUUAACUCUUAUACUUUUCACUUGCAUGCAAAUAUCUCGAACUGCGUCAGAUUGGUGGUUAAGUCAUUGGACAACCUCAAUUAAGGAGAGAAACUCAUCAAGCUUAAAUGAUGCCGAAAACUAUUUAGGUGUUUUCGCUGGAAUUGCAAUAAUCAAUUCACUGUUUACUUUAUUUCGAGCGUUUUUCUUUGCAUUUGGUGGUAUCACCGCUUCCAUAUCCAUUCAUUCAAUUUUGCUCAAAAGCACUUUAUCAUCAACGAUUUCCUUUUUCGACACAACUGCAUUUGGUCGUAUAAUUAAUCGCUUCUCAUCAGAUAUAACAAACAUCGAUGAUCGAUUACCAUUCAAUUUGAAUAUCCUUCUAACCCAAAUUUUCAGCUUAGCGGCUUCGCUAUUUGUUACAAUUUACGGAAUCCCUUGGACGGCCGUUGCGGUCGUACCUUUAUUCAUUCCUUAUUUUUUCAUUCAGAAAUACUAUCGAUGGACCUCCCGGGAUAUUAAACGACUUUGUGCUGUUAGUCUUUCGCCAAUUUAUUCACAAUUAGCAGAAACAAUCAAUGGAAUCAGUGUUAUCCGUUCGUUUGCUGCAACCAACAGAUUCAUAACUGAUUUCGUUGAUAAAAUUGACAUUUCAAAUACUUGUCAAUAUGCAUUUUCGGCGGCUUCUCAAUGGUUAAACAUUCGUCUUCAAGUUCUUGGUGUGAUCUUUUCCUGUGGUGUUGCUUUAACUGCAGUUAUCUUACAUUAUUUUUCACUGGUCCAAGUAAACGCUGGUCUUGUAGGUCUUGCUUUGGCCUAUUCAUUAACGAUAACUGGUCUACUUAAUGGUUUUAUUCAAGUAUUUUCAUCGGUUGAGGUUGACAUGAUUUCAGUGGAAAGGAUUCAACAAUUUGUUAAAUCAAUUGACAAAGAGAUUAAUGAUGGUUAUCAUCCAGAAAAUUGGCCUAGUAGUGGACUUGUUAUCUUUGAUCAAGUUUCUCUUCGAUAUAAACACGAUUCACCCUUAGCAUUAGACAAAGUUAGCAUUACAAUUGAACCUAAUCAACACAUUGGAAUUGUUGGUCGAACCGGAUCAGGAAAAUCAACUCUUCUUCAAACUUUAUUCAGACUACAAGAACUUGAAAGUGGUCGCAUUUUCAUUGAUGGAAUUGACAUAAGUUCAAUUAACGUUCAGCAUCUAAGAUCUUCAUUGUUCAUUGUACCUCAAGAUUGUUGCUUAUUUAGUGGAUCCAUACGAUAUAAUCUCGACCCUCUAUGUGACCAUUCAGAUGAACAAAUUUGGAAAGCACUGAGACAAUGUCAGGCCGAUUCGUUGAUUCUAAGCUUGGGAAGUCUUAAUGCAACAAUCAGUGAAAAUGGACGUGAUUUAAGUUUCGGACAGCGACAGUUAAUUUGUUUAACUCGUGCACUUCUCAGCCAAGCAAAGAUAAUCUGUUUCGAUGAGAUAACAUCUUCGAUUGAUCGUGAAACCGAUCAACUUUUGGAGAAAACAAUUCGAACCAAUUUUAAACAUUCCACCAUAUUAACUGUGGCCCAUAAAAUUGAAACAAUCCUUCAUUGUGAUCGAGUGUUAAUCAUGGAGGAAGGAAGAAUAGUUGAAGAUGGAAAUCCUCAGCAAUUAAAGAUGAAUUUAAAUUCUAAAUUUUAUAAACUAUGGUCAUCAAUGAGCACCAAUACCAAAUGAACAUAAAAUUAGUGAUUAACUUUUUUUUCUCACUCUCUCUCUCCCACCAAUUAACUUUGUACUCUCUUUAAACUUUAAUCAACAAUUUCCCAUGAUAAUUAUUAUGAUUAAUGAUUUUUCUCCUUCUUCUUUGUAAUACAAUUAGCUAAAAUUCUAAUCCAAUUUAUAUUUUUGUUGCCAAAAUUUACCAAUCAAAAAGAUAAUAGAAAUAAAUUAAGUCUGAUUAGACAAAAGAA